UUUCGAUGUUCGUAAAUGAUUGGAUGAUUAGUUGAAGAAAUCCCAUAAUCAUCCUCUGCGAAUAUCAGCGUAGAGAAUCUCCAUUUAGAGAUGGAGAACACUACGACCAGCGCCACGACGCCCUGCAAGCCCCAGCGGAGACGCGGUAUCUCGUGCAAGUUCAGUGCUAUCGUGGGGCUCCAGUUUCUAACCGAAGCGGCGUUCGGCUUUAUGAGUCCCAUCAUCUACAUCCUCAUGACCGAGUACUUUGCCAGACUAUACCGAGGUGGACUGGCAAUUGACUGCGGCGCGAACCCACACGAUGAGGUGCGAAGGACCAAUGCCGUUUUUUAUUUACAGUUACAGAGAUGCUUCUACUGUAUUUAUUAUUUAUUGUUAUGUAGGCGUGUGUCGACGGAUCGCGGCAAGCUGCUUGGCUAUCGAGUCUGUUCUCAGCUAUGGGAUCUGUUUGCAACUUCAUCCUUGCACCAAUGCUGGGCCAAGCUUCAGAUGUCUAUGGACGCAAGCCAUUUCUCGUACUGAGCCAGCUGGCAAGGGUGUGCACGCCAUUCUCCGUCAUGUACUUCAUGCAACCUGACGGCUCUAUUACUCCAUACUUCGUUUUGAGGCUGAUCGACUAUGGCUUCGGGACGGCUGGUGUCAUGAGUGCCUCAGUCGCUGAUAUUGUCGUGCCUGAAAACCGAGCAGCGGCCUUUGGCAUUCUUUUUGCCAGCCAGUCUGUUGGUUAUUGUAUGACUGCCUUCAUCGCGCCGUUCUUCUCUCGAGACCACAUCUUGCAGAUUGCCGCUGGCCUCUUCGUAUCACGAGUCAUUUGGGCACUGGUGAUCUUGCCUGAAACACUACCCGUUCGAACGACUUUGAACAAGACGCGAUGGGUCAUGGAGAGCCCCAUCAGCUCAAUUUCAAUCCUCUUUCGCAACCAAUUAUUCAUGCGGUUGACGUGUUUGAUCGCACUUACGAGCUUUGUCAUGAGCGGAACGUUCCAGAUCCAGUCGUUUUAUCUGAAUACGAUUGUGGGAUUCAACGUGAAGGAUUUCGGUAAUCUGAUGCUGCUGGGAGGUGUGCUAUCGCUAUUGGGACAAGGUCUACUACUUAAGCCGCUGGUGGGCUGUUUCAAGGAGAAAGGAGUUAUUAUCAUCGCAAUGAUUGCUACCUUCGUGAGAACAGUUGGCUUUGCCGGAACUGCGUUCUAUCCAGACAAAUGGGUAGUCUACGCGUCGAGUGUACCGGGAAGCCUUGGCGAUCUGUCAUUCCCAGCAAUUUCAGCUCUCAAAUCUAUUAACGUGUCCGAAAAGGAACAAGGACGUCUGCAAGGUGCUAUCUACGGUGCUCGGUCGGUACUUGAUGCGCUCGGCCCCAUAAUCUUUUCUUCGCUGUACGCUGCGAUGACUCGAGAGUCUCUUUGGUCCCAGGCGCUUCCGUUCGUGGUCGCGUCUUUCAUCUACUUUGUGGGAAUCGGCGUUGCUCUGUCACUUCCAGUUGGCAAAACUUCUUCAUCAAGUAAAAUCGCCGCAGCCCCAGAACCGUUGCCGUCUCCAACCUGCGGUGAAUCACCGUCUUCAUCUGCUUUCUACUUCGAAACCGAUGACGACGAUGUCGAGACGGAGGAAGACGAUGAAAUUGCCUAUGCGGGCGGUACGAUCCUUGACGAUGACCAAUUUCUAGCCGAACCUUUGCUUGGAAAGAGUUCAAGCACAACACAUACUGCAGUGUAAGCCGACCUGUAUCUAGAUUCUAGUUUCUAAAUUCUAGAUGUUGAAAUGACCACCGGAAAUGUAAGAAUAAAAUUUGCUCUAAUUCUUGGA